GGGAUUAAGGUAUAAAUGUUAUAAACUUGUCCGGGAGUCUGUUACGACCACUGAGGGCUUCCAUUACUCACUCCACGACACGAUAUGAAGUCUCUUAAACUUAUUUACCAAAGAUAUUUAACUCAUUUUCAAGUUAAAUAAUGAUCUGUAGCUUAUGAAAACAACAUACAAAAUCGAAAUGGGCGCAUUCCUAAAUGAAAUAAAAUCUUGCAGGCGAUAAAUUUCUCAAAUAACAUAAAACUAUCGAUGAAAAGUGAAUGAGAGUAAAAUCUAAAAUAGACCGUGCUGACACCUUACAUUGGCGGCAGGGCUGCAGCUAUACAUAUAUACAUAUAUCUAGCUAUCUAUACUAAUAUUAUAAAGCUGAUGAGUUUGUUUGAACGCGCUAAACUCAAGAACUGGCUCGAAUUGAAAAAUUCUUUUUGCGUUGAGUAGACCGUUUAUCGAGGAAGGUUUUAGACUAUAAAACAUCACGCUGCAACUAUAAGGAGCAAAGAAAUAAUGGAAAAUGUAAAAAAAAAACGGGGGAAUUUAUUCAUGCUUAAAGGCUUCAAUGAUGCCCAAAACAACUAUUCCACGCGGACAAAGUAGCGGGCACAGCAAAUUUAUUAUAAGCCUGAUUUAUUAUCAAUCAACAAUUUCCUAAGACAUGUCAAGAAACCCUGUUUCAGUAAACAAGGUUUCUUGACAUGAAAGUCUUUUGAUCCAAAAAUAUCUGACUGUAUGAUCAAGAUUCAACUCGAUAUUUACGCGGACGAAGUCGCGGGCAACAGCUAGUGUAAUACAAAUGUAUUAAAAUAUUACAAAUUCAAUUUUUUCCCUUAUGUUUCCGAGAUUUUAUGACUAUUAUGAGAUCUAUUUGAUUAUUUGCUAGCCUGAGCAAUUCCUUUGCCACAAGCAAAACGUGUAGCCAACUGUUCAUCUCAACACGGUCAGUGUUGUGAGUCGUGACACGACGCGGCGGCGGGCGGGCGCGCGCGUGCGCGGGGCGGCGGCGCGCGGGGCUCGCUGGCGGCGGGCUCGGCCGCGGCACUGGGCGCGCGCCGCCGCCGCCAGCCGCACCGCGCCGCCGGCACGCGACCUGCCGCAACUCGCCGACCUCCGGAACAUUGCGAGCUCCCAUUGCGGACGGCAGACCGCGGCUCUCGGUCACCGCCGCUCAAAUCCGCAGUUUCUAGCGAUCACUGAAGAAGAAUGCUUACAGAAAAGGCCGCACUACGAAGGAUCUCGUCCGUUUGAUCCCGAGCAAUCAAGCGGGAGUGUAACCGGUGCGGCGAGGCGAGGCGGCUCGGCGAGCGGGCGCAUGGCCCGCGGGGGGCCGGCGCGGCGUGAGGCGCGGGGGGCCGGCGCGGCGCCAUGAGCCCGCUCGCGCUCGCGCUGCCCGUCGCCGCGCUGCUGGCCGCGCUGCCCGCCGCGCCCGCGCCCGCGCCGCCCGCCCUCGUGGUGCUGCGCGCCGCCUGCGAGGGCGGCGAUCGCACGCUAUUCGAAGAGCAGCGGCUGUCGCUCUACAUGGCUGACACUCGACGCGGCACACCUUACUUACCUAUCCGAAUUCUCGGCUAUAAUGAGACAUGUGGCCCGGAUUGGAAAGUUGAGGUGACGCGCAAUGCUCUGCUCACGAUUAGUAGCGGCGGCACUGUGUCGUUUGCCGGCUGGGCGGGUGCCGGGGCGUGCGAAGCGCUUUCGGCAGCCACCCGAGCACUGCGGCGGCCUCUGCCCACAGCGUGCGCAGCCCCGGCGGCGCGCGCAGCCGGCGUGGCCGAGCUGGCCCGGCGGCUGCGCUGGCGGCGGGCGCUGCUCCCGCCGGCCGCGCCUCACUCCGAGUGUGCGGCUGCCCUCCGCCACGUAGAGCGCGCACUGGUCAUACACGGUAUGACAGUACGCCGCGCGCCCAUUAACAAAAAAGAGAUGGACCACCAUCCUCAUGUUGUGAUCCUGUGUGCCUCUGUGGAGUCAGCGGGACUGAGCAGCGUGGCGCUGGACGCGCUGCGAGGGCCGGCGGCGCCGCUCGUGCUGCUGCUGCACGUGGAGCGUGACCCGCCGCCCUCGUCUACCGAUGACACCAAAUUUUCCGAUGACGCUUUUCGAUUGAGCAAUAUCACAUUAGAUUUAGGAACUUCGCCUUAUGAUAAGAAUAAUACGUCGCCCUCCUUGGUCACGUCCGCCCCGGAAAACGUAAAUUUAUCGUCAUUUUAUCAGAGAUCGAAUAAGAAAAGUUUGUCGACGCCGCGCGACUCGGAGGUAAACAACGAGACUCCCCGUAAUAAGAGAACUCGUUACGGCUCGACCGCGCCGCCCUACACCCCGCCAUCGAGCCUCGUAAACACGAUAAAAACAGACAUCAUAGUGGAAAAGUCACAAAAUAAUAUAGUUCCAGAAUAUAUAGAGGAAGCCGCGAAACAAACAUUCGAAAAAAACAAGUCCAAGGACGAAUCACAAUUUAUUGCCAGUGAAGGUCGAGUACGGCGGAGCGCCAUCGAGCUCGAGUACUUCCGGUUUGUUUCCCAGUUCGCUGGUGCGCCUCAGCGCCUGCGGCUGCUGUUGUUCACACACAAGCAGCUGGAAGGCGUCGCAGAGCCGCUAAUAGUCGACUCGGUUUAUAAAGAAGUGUUGGAUGCUCUUUUUCAAGACACUGAAUCCGAUGAAAAACGCAAUAAAAGCAACCGGAUUGUUUUUUAUUUAUAUGAAACGAUUGAAAUUUCAUCUUUCGCUAAAUGGAAGCGAAUAGCGGCUGUAGUGGCCACUUCUACAAAAUCAGUAGACGAUUCGGCCGAAUGGAAUACAGAAAUCGAGUUAAACUCAACGACGGAGUUGGAGCGCUGGAGCGAACUCUUCGGAAACGAGUACGAGCAAAUGUCUAUCGGUAUAACUGUUCCGACGCUGGUGGCGUGUGUGGUGAGCGCGCUGGCAGCGGCGGCGCUGCUGGCGGGCGGCGCGCGGUGCGCGGCCGUGCGGCGGCGGCGGCGGCGGCGGCGCGGGGACGCCGUGCUCGCGCCGCAGGACUUCACGUUCCCGGCGGACGAGCGGCGCCGCGUGGGCGAAGGCAUGGAGACCAUGCUGUCGUGCUGGCUGCAGCAACUGCACGAGUUCGGCGGCCCCGAGCUGGAGCGCCCCGACCUGCUGAAGCAGCCGCCGCUCCCCGCUCCGCACGCCCCCUCCGUGCCCUCCUCCACCUGCAGCAUCAACCGUGUCACUGUCGAUCGCCGCACGCGAUACAAGGGUGACGCCGUACACAUGAAAUAUCUUCCGACAGCCUCUUUGGAACUGAAACGUAAAGCUACGGACGUUUUGCUCGUUAUGCAAAAUUUACGGCACGAAAAUCUUAACCCAUUUAUAGGCUGCCUGUGCGAGGUGCGGCCGGCGCUGGUGUUCGACUACUGCGGCCGCGGGUCGCUGGAGGACGUGCUGAUGGCGGACGACAUCAAGCUGGACUGGACGUUCCGGCUGUCGCUGCUGACGGACCUGGUGAAGGGCAUGCGCUACCUGCACGCGUCGCCGCUGCGCCUGCACGGGCGGCUCUCGUCGCGCAGCUGCGCGGUGGACUCGCGCUGGGUGCUGCGCGUCACGGACCACGGCGCCUCCGCCUUCUUCCGCGCGCAGGCCUUGCCCGAGCCGGAAAGAUCCCCCAGAGAUUUGCUGUGGACGGCCCCGGAGAUACUGCGGGAGACUCGGCACGGGACCGGCGGGGCGCGCGGCAGCCAGGCCGGGGACGUAUUCUCUUUUGCCAUCAUCAUGCAGGAGGUGAUAGUGCGCGGCGAGCCGUACUGCAUGCUGUCGCUGACGCCGGCCGAGCUGCUGGAGAAGCUGCGCCGGCCGCCGCCGCUGAUCCGGCCGUCGGUGUCCAUGGGCGCGGCGCCGCCCGAGGCCGUCAGCGUCAUGCGCCAGUGCUGGAGCGAGGCGCCCGACCUCCGCCCGGACUUCUCUCGCCUGCAUGACAUCUUUCGACAUCUGCAUCGCGGAAAGAAAAUAAACAUCGUCGACUCGAUGUUUGAGAUGCUGGAGAAGUACAGCAACAACCUGGAGGAGCUGAUCCGCGAGCGCACCGAGCAGCUCGACAUGGAGAAGAAGAAGACCGAGCAGCUGCUCAACAGAAUGCUGCCCAGGUCGGUAGCGGAGCGGCUGAUGCUGGGGUCGCGCGUGGAGCCCGAGGAGUUCGAGGAGGUGUCCAUCUACUUCAGCGACAUCGUGGGGUUCACGGCGCUGGCGGCGCGCUCCACGCCCGUGCAGGUCGUCGACCUGCUCAACGACCUGUACACCACCUUCGAUGCCGCCAUCGAGCAGUACAGCGUCUACAAGGUGGAAACGAUUGGCGACGCGUACAUGGUAGUGGGAGGGCUGCCAGUGCGCACGGCGAACCACGCGGAGUCCAUCGCUACCAUGGCCUUGCACCUGCUGCACCUGGCCGGCCGCUUCCGCGUGCGGCACCUGCCCGGCGUGCCGCUGCGGCUGCGCAUCGGGCUGCACACGGGCGCGUGCUGCGCCGGCGUCGUCGGCCUCACCAUGCCGCGGUACUGCCUCUUCGGCGACACGGUCAACACAGCUUCCCGUAUGGAAUCUACUGGAGCAGCAUGGCGUAUCCAAGUGUCCGCGGCAACGGCGGAGCGGCUGACGGCCGCCGGCGGGUACCGGCUGCGCUCGCGCGGGCUCACGCAGAUCAAGGGCAAGGGCGCCAUGCACACCUUCUGGCUGCUCGGCAAAGAGGGCUUCGAUAAACCGCUUCCCACUCCACCACCACUCGAAUCGGAAGAAGUAUUGUUCGAGACGGACGGCGAGAACGACAGCUCCGCGUCGUCCGCGCCGGCCGCGUCGCCCGCGCGCGCCCCUGCCGUCGAGCGCCAGUGCUCCGACCCGCCCGCUGCCGUCACAGACAAAUACGCAUGGCAGCGCUCGGGCGCGGUGUCGGCCGACGGCAGCCCGCCGCCGCGCGCCGUCUCCGCGGUGUGCGUGGCCGCCGACCACAGCGCGCCCUACUCGCGGUACAGAUGCUUAUCGAGCGGAGCAAGUGUAGGCGGCGGAUCACGCGUGCUGCGGCGGCAGUGGUCGCUGGAGCGCGGCGACGCGCUGGCGGCCGCGCGCGCGCAGCCCGAGGCCCGCGCGCGCGCGCCCGCCGCCGAGCCGCUCGCGCUGCUGCCGCCGCCCGCGCCCCGCGCCGCGCCGCCGCGGUACCGCACGCGGCCCGACCGCCCUGAUGAGAGGCCGCCGUCUACCACCUGAACCUGCAUCUCUCCACCGACACCACGAAUUAGACGGCUAACCUUAAUAGCACCUUUCCUUCAUACUAGUUCACAAUAUGUCUUACUUUGCAAUAACGUGCGUGAGUGGUGUUGCAGCGGGAUUAGCAAGCAGCGGUCCUGUCCUGACGAUAGCAAGUUGUAUUGUAUCAAUAUCCGAUCUGUCGGUUUACUGAAUCCUUUGAAGCUCGUAGUCCCAGGUCUCCCCUGUCCUCGAUCGACAAUAAUUUUCGUAGCCCCGUCGGACGCCCCGUCCUCACUCCUUAUCUCUUAGAGAGUUCACAGGUAGACUUUAUUGUUGUUGUGAUGAAUCUAAACUAGUAGUACUUACGUGUAAAAUAUUUUACUAUGAGAGCACCUACGAUUCGAUAUGUGAUUUAUCUAGGUGAUUUGUGUA